UCCGGUGCGUCAAUUCAACAUGGCAGCGCCCGUUACUGUGGGAGGGAUCGUGGAGCAAAACAUCACUGAAACAGAACAAAUAUUACCAGACUCCACAUCUGGAGAACUGAAAAGACCUCAGUUCGGAACCCGUUUCCUGACAGACCCACGUCAAGUUUUUCAACACAACGCAUGGGACAAUGUGGAGUGGACAGAGGAGCAAGAAGCAGCUGCCAAGAAGAAGGUCCAGGAAAACAGUCAGCCGCUCCCUCAAGAGAAGCAAGAGGACUUUGACUGCCGGGCGAACGAGUACUGGAAUGAAUUCUACACCAUCCAUGAGAAUCGCUUCUUCAAAGACCGCCACUGGCUCUUCACAGAGUUCCCUGAGCUGGCCCCACAGUGUCGCCUCAACCGGGACUCCUGUAUUGGGGACGAUAGAGCUGAGGACAGUGAACCACAUGGUCUCGAACAGAGCCAGGGCCAAAGCAGUGAAGUCACCCCUCUGGCCCAUGUAGAUGGUGACUACCCUGGAUCCAGUGCCAUGUAUCGCAUACUUGAGGUUGGCUGUGGUGUUGGAAACACUGUCUUUCCCAUUCUGAAGACCAACAAUGACCCUGGACUCUUUGUCUACUGCUGUGAUUUCUCCAGCACCGCUGUAGAGCUGGUCAAGGCUAAUUCAGAGUAUGACCCCGGGCGCUGCUAUGCCUUUGUUCAUGACCUGGGUGAUGAGGGCGCUAUUUACCCGGUCCCAGACGCCAGCCUGGAUGUUAUAGUGCUCAUCUUCGUGCUCUCAGCCCUGCAUCCGGACAAGAUGCAGGCCUCCAUCAGCAGACUGGCUCGGCUGCUGAAGCCUGGAGGAGUGCUGCUGCUCAGGGACUAUGGGCGCUAUGACAUGGCACAGCUACGCUUCAAGAAAGGAAGGUGCUUGUCAGAUAACUUUUAUGUCCGGGGUGAUGGAACACGAGUCUAUUUCUUCACUCAAGAUGAGCUACAUGACUACUUCAGUGAAGCGGGUCUGGAGAAGGUCCAGAACAUGGUGGACCGGCGGCUGCAGGUGAACAGAGGCAAGCAGCUGACCAUGUACCGUGUCUGGAUCCAAUGCAAGUACCGCAAGCCUCAUACCCAACCACCAGAGACACAGGAGUGAGCCAGGAACAGCAGAGAGAACACUGUGUGGCUUAUCAUUGAACUAGUGUCCGAGGUAGAUGUGGGACUGCAACCCCUGGGAGGGAUGGAUAGAGUUGGAGAUGGAUUGAGGGGUGAUGUGUGUGCAAUGCAUUAGACAUGUUUUGCUAUUGGGUUCCCUCAGCCAUUUGUCUUCACAGCCCUGGCUCAGAAACGGCAUAUAGAAAAGAAUGAUGAGCUAAUGAAACCUAAAAAAAAGGUCUGGAAACCCAAUGUUCUAAUGUUUAUAUUCAACAGACUGUUUGCCAUUUUUCAUUGUUUUAGAUUAAUUGUGAUGUAUGAGUUAAAAACAAUUUUUUACAUGAACACUUUCAAGAUGAUUAAAAAAACUAUGUGUAAACC